GACUUUAACGUGCCUCCCUUGAGAUCAAGGAUCACAGUAUGAUUUUGGAAAUGCUGAACCCAGUGCAUUAUAACAUUACCAGCGUAGUAGUGCCUGAAGCCGUUCCUGUUGCCACCAUGCCCAUCCUGCUGCUCACCGGCUUUCUCUUUUUGGUCUGGAAUUAUGAGGACACAUCCUCAAUCCCAGGUCCUGGCUAUUGUAUGGGAAUUGGGCCCCUCAUCUCCCACUUCAGGUUCCUGUGGAUGGGGAUUGGCAGUGCCUGCAACUACUACAACAAGAUGUACGGAGAGUUCAUGAGAGUCUGGGUAUGUGGAGAGGAAACACUCAUUAUCAGCAAGUCCUCAAGCAUGUUCCACGUAAUGAAGCACAAUCACUACAUCUCCCGAUUCGGCAGCAAACUUGGGCUUCAGUGCAUCGGCAUGCAUGAGAAUGGCAUCAUAUUUAACAAUAAUCCAGCCCUCUGGAAAGUUGUUCGACCUUUCUUUACAAAAGCUUUGUCUGGCCCCGGCCUUGUGCGCAUGGUGACAAUUUGUGCUGAAUCGAUCAUAAGGCACCUGGACAGUUUGGAGGAUGUCAGAAGCGAGUCGGGCACUGUCAACGUGCUGACCCUCAUGCGGUGCAUCAUGCUGGACACCUCUAACAUGCUCUUCCUAGGGAUCCCCUUGGACGAAAACGCCAUCGUAAUUAAAAUCCAGGGUUAUUUUGAGGCAUGGCAAGCUCUCCUUCUCAAACCAGACAUCUUCUUUAAGAUUUCUUGGCUAUACAAAAAAUAUGAAAAGUCUGUCAAGGAUUUGAAAGAUGCCAUAGAAAUUCUGAUAGAAGAAAAAAGACACAGGAUUUCCACAGCAGACAAACUGGAAGACUGUAUAGAUUUUGCCACUGAGUUGAUUUUUGCUGAGAAGCGUGGUGACCUGACAAGAGAGAAUGUGAACCAGUGCAUAUUGGAGAUGCUGAUCGCAGCCCCAGACACCAUGUCUGUCUCUGUGUUCUUCAUGCUAUUCCUCAUUUCAAAGCACCCUAAUAUUGAAGAAGCAAUAAUGAAGGAAAUCCAGAGUGUUGUUGGUGAUAGAGACAUACGAAUUGAUGAUAUUCAGAAAUUGAAAGUGGUGGAAAACUUUAUUUAUGAGAGCAUGCGGUACCAGCCUGUUGUGGACUUGGUCAUGCGUAAAGCCUUACAGGAUGACAUCAUUGAUGGCUACCCAGUGAAAAAGGGGACUAAUAUUAUCCUGAAUAUUGGAAGAAUGCAUAGACUUGAGUUUUUCCCCAAGCCUAAUGAAUUUACUCUUGAAAACUUUGCAAAAAAUGUUCCUUACAGGUAUUUUCAGCCAUUUGGUUUUGGGCCCCGUAGCUGUGCAGGGAAAUACAUCGCCAUGGUGAUGAUGAAAGUCAUCCUGGUUACACUUCUGAGACGAUUCCACGUGCAGACACCGCAAGGUCGAGUAUGUGUUGAUGAGAUGCUGGUAAAAAAUGACUUGGCCGUGCACCCAGAUGAGACUAGCAACUUCCUGGAUAUGAUUUUUAUCCCAAGAAAUUCAGACAAGUGCCUCAAAUGCUGAAGAAGAUUGGUCAGUACCUACUCUGGAGCACUUCUCAUCAGUAGUUCACA